UUCGUCCUCCCACAAACUGUUCCUCCACAGAUUACAGGAGCAGCAACAGCUGGGAGACACAACCCCCCUUACUCGACCUCUCGAUCUGCUUCCUCUGGCCUUCUCACCAUCUCACCAGUCACCAGCCAGCACCCAUCGAUCGAGCACAAACCACCACAGCUGUCUCGCCGAAGGCAACAAGGCAGGAAGGGCCACCGGGAAUCCGUUGAUAAAAGGGGGGCAAAUCGAAGCAAGCAUGGCGUCCUCCAACAGGCACUGGCCGAGCAUGUACAGGUCCAGCCUCGCCUGCAACUUCCAGCAGCCGCAGCCUGACAUGAACAACGGCGGCGGCGGCAAGUCCUUGAUGUCCUCAAGGUCCGAGGAGAGUGGAAGGAACCCGGAGCCGAGGCCGCGGUGGAACCCGCGGCCAGAGCAGAUCAGGAUCCUGGAGGGGAUCUUCAACUCCGGCAUGGUGAACCCGCCGCGCGACGAGAUCCGCCGCAUCCGCCUUCAGCUGCAGGAGUACGGGCCCGUCGGCGACGCCAACGUCUUCUACUGGUUCCAGAACCGCAAGUCCCGCACCAAGCACAAGCUGCGCGCCGCGGGCCAGCUGCAGCCGUCCGGCCGCGCCGCCCUGUCGCGCGCGUGCGCGCCGCCGCCGCCUGCGCUGGCACCCGCCCCCAUGACGCCGCCGCGGCACCUGCUCGCGUCCCCCGUGGCGCCCACCUCCUCCUCGUCGUCUUCCUCUGACCGGUCCUCCGGGUCGAGCAAGUCGGCGAGGACGGCUGUCUUGCUGCCGCCUCCCGCGGCGGCGGCCAUCCAGGGUGUUCUGCCGGCGACGGCCAUUGACUUGCUUUCACCGAAGCCGACGCCGGCUCUGGCGGCACACCAGCUCUACUACCACAGCCAGCAGCUCAUGGCGCCUGCCGUGCCGCCGCCGAUGCCCGAGCUGAUCACCUCCCCCGAACCGUUCCUCCUGCACUGGCAGCAGCAAGGUGGCCACUACCUGCCGGCCACCGAGCUCGGCGGCGUCCUCGGCGCCCACACGCACGAGCCGCCGCCGGCCAUGCACCCGGCCGUCUCACCCAGCGUGCUCCUGGGCCUGUGCAACGAAGCUCUAGGGCAAGACUGCGUCGACAUCAUCAGCUCCAAGCAGCAGGGACUUGGCCAUGGCCAGUACUGGAACACCACCUGCGGUUCUGAUCUGAGCAGCAAUAACAAGACCGACGCCGUGAGCGACGUGAUCAGGGACGACGAGAAGGCCAGGCUCGGGUUACUCCACUACGGCUUCGGCGCGGCCGCCGCCGCUGCCACUUCGGCGCCUCUUGCCGCUCCUGUGCAGCCAGCCGCUGCGGAUGCCAGUACGGCCAUGCUGCUUCCAAGUUCUGCGCCGAGUAACGUUGCUGCUGCCACGAGCUCCGUACUCACCGAUCAGUUGCAAGGGCUGUUGGACCCUGGGCUGAUCGGAGGGACGCCGCUGCCGCCGCCGACGGCGACGGUGGUGGUCGUGGCCCGUGACGCCGUGACGUGCGCGGUCACCGCGCAGUUCAGCGUCCCGGCGAUGCGCCUGGACGUGAAGCUGGCGUUCGGCGAUGCGGCCGUGCUGGUGCGCCACACCGGCGAGCCGGUCCUCGUCGACGAGUCCGGCGUCACCGUGGAGCCGCUGCAGCAGGACACCCUCUACUACCUGCUGAUGGUGACUCACUGAAUAAGCUGCCGGACGGGUCAAAGAGACCGAAGAGCCUUUAUAUUGAUGUUAGCAUGGCAUUUACCAAUGCAAUGCACGCGUGCAUUUGGGAGUCCUGCUAGCUGAUCAUCGUAUCUGUAUUUUCCUUAAAGUAAUUAGGUAUAUUUUGUCAUGUAUUUUAAGUCCGUAUCAAACAGCAUUAUGUCUGUGUUUAAUUUGAUGCAAUAAAGCCAUA